GAUGCGCGGCUGGGCUCUGGUGGGCGCCGUGCUGCUAUCGGCCGGGGCGCUGCCCGAGGACGAUAGCCCGGCCACGCCGGACUACGUCGAGCUGGAGCUGGGCGGUGAGCCGGCCCGCAACCGGACCCGCUGGGACUCGCGCUUCGUGGACGCCGAGGGACGCUUCCUGGCCAAGAUCAUGGCCACCUUCAUCCUAAGCAAAGACCUCACGCGCAGCUUCGACUACCGCAUUGCCAAGCCCGCCCUUGACAUUGCCAUCACCAAGGUUCGCAAGUUGUACCCGCACAUUGCGUUCGAACUGAUCGGCCGGCGCGGCUACACGUCGUGUAUCAACAACUACGCGGGCAACUAUGCGGCCGAAGAAUACCUGGGCGGCGGUGUGGCGGCCUUCGUGGGCCCCGGCUGCUCCAUGGCCGUAGACUCGGUGGGACGACUCGCCUCGCACUGGAACGUGCCGGUGUGCACGGCUGCCGGUGUCGGAGCGCAGUUCGAGGACCGCACCAUCUACGGCACGCUGGUGCGCCUCGCGCUCACCAUCAACGCGCUGCGGGACGCCUUCCUCCAGGUGCUGCGCCACUUCGGCUGGCGGCACCUGGUGGUGCUAUCGGACAGUUCGCAGUCCUUCUUCCGGCAGCUGCGGCGUGCUCUCGAGGGCCUGUUCGCUGACCCUGACACGGGAGUGCGCGCCGUCUUCCGUGACUUCGAUUCUAGCCGCUCGUCCGUCAACUACACCUCGUUGCUGGUCGAAGGUCGCUCGUAUGCGCGGGUAUUCCUGCUGGCUGGCGAUGGAGAGGUAAUUCGGCAGCUGCUGCUUGACGCACACGAUCUGGGCAUGCACGACGGUCAGUUCGCCUUCCUCACGGCCGAACCGUACAAGAAUGAGCGUUACUUUGGAGAGUUCUCCUGGUACAAGGAAGGGGACUCCCGGAACACGGAAGUCCGUAAGAUGUACGAAGCUUUGAUGAUCCUGUCGCUCAAGAUUCCUACCAGCCCCGAGUACAAGCAAUUCGUGCGCCAGGUGGUGCGUAACUCGAGGAAAGAAUUCAACACCACAAUCGAGGACUCCAUUGUGAACGUGCUUAUCGCGGGCUUCUACGACUGUGUCCAGCUGUAUGCAUGGGCACUGAACGAGACGCUCGCCAACGGUGGAGACCCUAUGGACGGCCGUGCACUUAUCGACCUCAUCAUGAACAGCACGCGAUACGGUCUGACGGGUAAAAUCCACUUCAAUGCCAAUGGAGACCGCAUCGCUGAAUACGCGCUGAAGGCUCUCGACCCUGCCACACUCGAAAUGCGGCCCGUGGCUGUGUACCACGGGGCGCGACAGGUGCUGGUGCCGGUAGAGAACGUGACCAUCUACUGGCCGGGUCAGCGAACCGAUCCGCCGCAGGACGUGCCCGAGUGCGGCUUUCUUGGGGACGCCCCUCACUGCCAGCGAAAAGAAUCGCCCACGCUGCUGAUCGUGGUGACGCUGGUGACGCUGUUGAGCUUCUUCGGCAUGGCCAUAGUGGCCCUCCUGUUCUACCGGAGGGUGCAGCUGGAGACGCAACUAGCAAACUUCUGGUGGAGCAUCAAGUGGGAGGACAUCGCUUUUCCGGAGAGAAGCCGGAAGUCUGCUAGUAGCCUCGCCACCAACGACGAAGGCCUGUCCAAAGGCUCGCCCAGAUUUGGAGGCACCUGCUCUAACCAGGGUUACUACGGCGAUGUCCACGUUGGGAUCUACAAGGGCAUGACCGUGGCAGUUAAGACCAUUCGCAUCACCAAGUUCACGGCCACUCGAACCAUACUCCUGGAACUGAAACAGAUGCGGGACGUGACCCACGAGAACCUGGUUCGGUUGGUGGGCCUCACCACAGAGGACCCGAACGUGGGACUCGUCAUGGAGUACUGCCCCCGAGGGAGCCUCAGGGAUCUCCUGGAAAACGAGUCACUCAAGCUGGACUGGACAUUCAGGUACUCCAUCAUCAACGACAUCGUCGAGGGCAUGAGCUUCCUGCACGGCGGCUUCAUCGGCUUCCACGGACGUCUGAAGUCCACCGCCUGCCUCAUCGAUGCCCGCUUCGUGGUGAAAAUCUCAAACUUUGGCCUGCGAGAGCUUCGCAAGCAGGUGACGCCGCCCGAAAUCGAGAACCCUCGCAGCCUUCUGUGGACAGCUCCCGAGCACUUGCGCGAGGAGAUGCCCGGUGGCUCGGUCAAGGGAGACGUCUACAGCUUCGCAAUCAUCCUUCAGGAGAUCCUCACACGCUCGGGGCCCUUCGAGAAUUUGGAGAAGUAUUCCAAGCACUUCCUGCCCCCAGAAGAGAUCCUGUUUCGAGUGAAGCUGGGCUCGCGGCCACCGUUCCGACCUGACGUCACGCCCGCCGACUGCCCGCGCGAGCUGCUGUCACUCAUGAAGCUGUGCUGGAACGAGAGCCCCGCGCUGCGUCCCUCGUUUGCCAUACUCAAGCAGCUCAUGCGCAAGUACACCAGGCGAAUGGGUAGCAGCAACCUGCUGGACAAUCUUCUGCAACGCAUGGAGCAGUACGCCAACAACUUGGAGCAGCUGGUCGAGGAGAAGACGGCCGCGCUGGUCGAGGAGAAGCGCAAAAGCGACGAGCUGCUCUACGAGGUGCUGCCGCGCUCGGUGGCCGAGCAGCUCAAGCGCGGCGAGUACGUGCAGCCCGAGGCGUUCGAGUGCGCUACCAUUUGCUUCAGCGACAUCGUCGGCUUCACGGCCAUCUGCGCGCACAGCACGCCCAUCGAGGUGGUGGACCUGCUCAACGACCUGUACUCCUGCUUCGACGCCAUCAUCAUCAACUACGACGUGUUCAAGGUGGAGACCAUCGGCGACGCCUACAUGGUGGUGUCCGGCCUGCCUGUUCGCAACGGCAAGGAGCACGCACGCGAGAUCGGCCGCAUGACGCUGUCGCUGCUUACGGCCAUCUCGGGCUUCCGCAUCCGGCACCAGCCGUCCAACAAGCUACGGCUGCGCAUCGGCGUCCACUCGGGCCCCUGUGCGGCCGGCGUGGUGGGCCUCAAGAGACCGCGCUACUGCCUCUUCGGAGACUCGGUCAACACUGCCUCCCGCAUGGAGAGCUGCGGCGAGGCCAUGAAGAUCCACAUCACGCGCGAAACCAAGCGCCUGCUCGACACCUUCGGCACCUUCCGCCACCGGCUGCGCGGAGACAUCUACGUCAAGGGCAAAGGCAUGAUGCGCACCUAUUUCCUGGAAGCAGAGGACCCUCCUUUCUCGCCGGACAUAGGCUUGCAGGGUACAUUCUUCACAAACGAGCACCUGAUGCGCCAGCUUUGAACGGGACCAACAACUUCCAUCGAGUGGCUACACACCGGCACCAAUUGUCCGCGUCACUUUUCGACACAGAUUUUCCCGCCAAUCUCUAAGCAUCAUAAGAACGAGCUCACAAAGAAUCGAAUCGCUGGCCAAACCGGCAGUAUCGGCUUUACUGGUUGUCAGGUCACGCAACGCUGUUCAGCCACGAUUGUUCAUUGGAGAAGAGGCACGCGACGUGAACCUUGGUGAAUCGCGCCUCAGUUUUUGUUUUUUCGAGUGUAUCCAAUCCGGUGCACGCAUAGGCACGCACUUAAGUCACGCUCGCUAAUAGGCCGAGAUGUUUAAACGAUUACCCCUCCUUUUUAGGUUAUGUAGAAGUAAAUCAUGAGAAAGUUAUUAGAAAUGGAGGUGGGGGUGGACAUUUUGGAAGUAGACAGUUUGCUCCAAGUAGUCUGCUCCUAGAUGAGGCAGCGACUAAAGAUGACGCCCAUGGGUUCCUGAUUUUGUCUCCAACUUGACCGAAUGCCCAGUGCAAUUUAAUAUAAGCUGAAUGAAGCUAGGUGUUGCGUUUAAUUAGUUUAAAAGCUGCAGUGUGAGUAUAAUGUGCUGUGCUCGUAUACAUACUGCUCUUGGUCAACUGAGUGUAGAGAAAUCCAAAGCAAGGGAAGACCAAAUGGAAGACGCAAGCUUGGACGGAUUAUUGACAACGAUAAAAACAGGAUGUCACCUAAGCUGAUGUUUCGACAAGGGGGCUUGUCUUCGUCAAGGCAGCAACUGAUGACAACUGCCCUAAUAAAGACAAGCCCCACCGUUUAAAUGUUGGCUUCGGUGACAAUCCUUGUUCUAUCACCGUUAAUAACUUCGAUAUAUAGAAAUGUUUAUAUAUGUAUGGUCGUUAUCACUUACCUCAUAACAAGCCAUGAUGGUGGAAAGCUGUAAUGCACGUGAUCACAUUCUGCGAAACGUAUGUCGCCACAA